GCCCCACCCCGCUGACUAACUGGGCUGAAACAUUUUCGAGAAUUUCCAGAUGGGGCUGUGGCUGCCCUGACUGCUCGCUCUGGGGGUUGGAGGCUACGGAAAAGACUUUCUCAUUCUUCCUCUCUUUGCUUUAGCAGCCGUCCAUAGAUGGGAGAAUUCACUGGCGGAGACAAAAGAUGAAGCUGAGGGUGGAACUUGCAGUCUCUAAAGCGCCGCUGACCUUUCUGAACUUCAAACUUUGUGGAAAUUUACAGCAAGACUAGGGCACAGGAACAAGCAACAAAACAAAGCAGGUGGUUUCAACUAGGUUGCAGAAUGACUCAAGUGACAGAUUAAAUGAUUUCGAAAAUCAGCAGUAUUCUUGUGAGGCAGCAGGGAGAAUGACAGCUGCAUUUGUCUGUUGAAAUGUGUGGAAACUGGGAACCAGAGUAACAAGGUGAAUCACUUUUCUUGAAGACAUUCCAAUAUUUUUCUGUCGUCCAUUCCCUGUGAUUGAGGACUCUGAAGUUGCAUUAUGUCAUCAGCUGCCUUAAUUACUUUGGUGAGAAGUGGUGGGAACCAGGUGAGGAGGAGAGUGUUGAUAAGCUCCCGUCUGCUGCAGGAAGACAGGCGGGUCACUCCUGUGUGCCUCAGCUCCACAUCAGAGCCCAGAUGUUCUCGGUUUGAUCCAGAUGGUAGUGGGCGGCCAGCCACCUGGGACAGUUUUGGGAUCUGGGAUAAUCGCAUUGAUGAGCCAAUUCUGCUGCCACCCAGCAUUAAGUAUGGCAAGCCCAUUCCCAAAAUUAGCCUGGAGAAUGUGGGCUGUGCCUCCCACAUUGGCAAACGGAAAGAGAAUGAAGAUCGGUUCGGCUUUGCUCAGCUAACGGAGGAGGUCCUAUAUUUUGCAGUGUAUGAUGGCCAUGGGGGACCUGCAGCUGCUGAUUUCUGUCACACACAUAUGGAGAAAUGCAUUGUGGAUUUGCUUCCUGAGGAGAAGGACUUGGAAACUGUGUUGUCCUUGGCUUUUUUAGAAAUAGAUAAAGCCUUUUCAAGUCAUGCCCACCUGUCUGCAGAUGCAACUCUUCUGACCUCUGGGACUACUGCAACAGUAGCCCUGUUGAGAGAUGGUAUUGAACUGGUUGUAGCCAGUGUUGGAGAUAGCAGGGCACUUUUGUGUAGAAAAGGAAAACCUAUGAAGCUGACCACUGAUCAUACUCCAGAAAGAAAAGAUGAGAAAGAAAGGAUAAAGAAAUGUGGUGGUUUCAUAGCUUGGAAUAGUUUGGGACAACCUCACGUAAACGGCAGACUUGCAAUGACAAGGAGCAUUGGAGAUUUGGAUCUUAAAGCCAGUGGUGUGAUUGCAGAGCCUGAGACAAAGAGGAUUAAGCUACACCAUGCUGAUGACAGCUUCCUGGUCCUCACUACAGACGGAAUUAACUUCAUGGUGAACAGUCAGGAGAUUUGUGACUUUGUCAAUCAGAGCCAUGAUCCCAGUGAAGCAGCGCAUGCAGUGACUGAACAGGCAAUACAGUAUGGCACUGAAGACAACAGUACUGCAGUAGUUGUACCUUUCGGUGCCUGGGGAAAAUACAAGAACUCUGAAGUCAACUUCUCAUUCAGCAGAAGCUUUGCCUCCAGCGGACGAUGGGCCUGAAGCCUGGCUUAGCGUUGAGUUUCUGUGCAGCUCUGUCACUGGACAUGUCCAGAGACUCGAUAGUCCACAAUGUCACUUGUACCACUGUGUCCCUGUUAUGUGCUAGUUCACUACUCAGGGUAAACUUGCACAGUAGUUUUUUUUGUAAAUACUCACUGCAUUUAUGGUCAAUUGUACAUACUCAGUAUAGGUGUGUAAUGAACAGGUGAAGCCGUUGUGAGUCUUAGUUAAGCUUGUGAAUGAGAGAUGUUUUUGGCACAUUUAAUAAUUGUUAAAUUUUUGUUUCUUUUGUGGUGCUAGAAAUGGAAUCCAGGGUUUUUCUAAUUUUUAUGACUCUUAGGCAGCUGUCUUUUUAAUAUUUUUGUUCAUUAUUUAGUUGAACAGGCUGUUCAAGUUUUUUUCUCCAUUUUGACAGCUAUUCAGUGAGUCAUCUACAAGUGUUUCUCUUUACCUUUUCUUUGUUUAACAUUGAUCUCAUUAUGUUACCUAGGCUAGCCUCAGACUCCUGGGCUGAAGCAUUCCUCAUACUUCAGCUUCCUGAGUUGCUGGGAUUAUAGGGGCCCUGCUCACAAGUGCUUAUUUUUAAUAACUAUGCCAAGGAGUGAGUGUGAAGGCUGGGUUCUCUGUUACUGUGUUUGUAUCUGGACCAUUUGCCGGUAAAUUUAACCGUGAAAAAGAAACUCAUUCAGAUAAUAAGACAUGGCUAAAUUAUAUACAUAAUUAUAAAAUGGUAUACCUGUAUAUUUCAACCACUAUCAGCGAUCCCCAUUUAUUCUUAUUUUUUAAAUAUGCUGUAUACAUGUGUCUAUUCCUAAAUGUAGAACAAUGUUCAAACUAAGGGUCUUUAGUCAAAGCAAUGCAAAGCUAAACACUGAAAAUAUCAAA